GCAAACCUGCUCCUUGGGAGGGGAGGUGGCAAAACCUGUUUGAAGAUGAGGUUACCUCCCUUCCACACCUCCUGCUUCCUUAGAGGCAAGAGCAACAGCUGACACAGGCAAGCGAAGAGUUUGGGGGCUGGGACCGCAGCCUCCUGUCCUCAAGUGCCCACACAACACAGGACGACUCGGGAAGAUGGAAACCAGGCAAGAAACAGGAAAGGAGACAUUAGAAGAAAGGGCUGAGGAGAAGGCAGGAGCCUCGGAACCAGGAGCAGCCCUGAGACUUGGAGAGCUGGAGCUGAAGGAGGAGUGGCAAGAUGAAGAGUUUCCUAGACUGCUUCCUGAGGAGCCUGGCCUGUCUGGAGACCCUGAAGACCCUCAAAGAGGCUCUGAGGCAGGUACCCCUAGCAGUCUGGCCUUGUGUGGCCAGCGCCCUAUGCGGAAGCGUCUUUCAGCCCCAGAAUGGCAGCUGAGUCUGACUGAGGGAACCAGAGAAAAUGGAGCCUCUUCCACCCGCUCUUUGUCUUCCUCCUCUGAUGGUAGCUUGGACCUGGAGGUGGAUGAAUUGGAGACGCCUUCAGACUCGGAGCAGCUGGACAGUGGACAUGAGUUUGAAUGGGAAGAUGAUUUGCCUCGGGCAGAGGGCCUGGGGGCAAGUGAGGCAGCUGAAAGGCUGGGCCAGGGAUGUGUGUGCGAUGUGGCUGGAGAAGAUGGUCAUCGUUGGAGAGUGUUUCGAACAGGACAACGAGAGCAGCGAGUGGACAUGACCAUCAUUGAGCCCUAUAAGAAAGUCUUAUCUCAUGGAGGUUACCAUGGUGAUGGCCUCAAUGCUGUCAUCCUCUUUGCUUCCUGCUAUUUACCCCAAAGCAGCAUCCCCAACUAUACCUACAUCAUGGAACAUUUAUUCAGGUAUAUGGUGGGAACUUUGGAGUUGCUGGUAGCUGAAAACUAUCUGCUUGUUCACUUGAGUGGCGGCACCAGCAGGGCCCAAGUGCCCCCUCUAAGCUGGAUACGACAGUGUUACCGUACCUUGGACAGGAGGCUUCGGAAAAACCUUCGAGCCCUGGUGGUCGUCCACGCUACGUGGUAUGUGAAGGCCUUCCUGGCACUGGUUCGGCCCUUCAUCAGUUCCAAGUUCACACGAAAGAUUCGAUUUCUGGACAGCCUUGGGGAACUGGCCCAACUCAUCUCGCUAGAGCAAGUGCACAUACCAGAAGUUGUCAGACAGCUGGACCAGGACCUUCAUGGCUCGAAAGGCACCUAACAGAAAGCUGGGCAGAGGGCCUAGGAGCAGGCAAAGAUCAUGGUCUGCAUGAUGGACCGCUAUAUUAUCUCAUCCUGAACGACAGACAGUGUCACUGGAUCCUUACUUCCCAGGGUGUUACCCACUACUGGACACUGCCUUCAAGCUGGGAUUUAAGGGUGGGAACCCCAUGUAUGGGGUGGCUUGUAUUUCGGCUGUGUGGUAUUGGAAGUGUAAGGCUCUGAGUUUUAAUUCUGCUUUAGUUGUAAAAUAUGUGGGUCUCGUGUUCCUUCUCUGUAAUCAAAACUACUGGGAUCCCUCCCAGUUUACUUGUCUUAGCAGUCUUUGACGGACGUGGAUGGAAGGGAAAGAGGGCUUAACCAGCAGCCACAGCCAGCCUGUCUGUUGGGAGCCCAGGAGCCAGCUUGCAAAAUCUUGAAAAGCCAACCCCUUCUUAGUAGCCUGUGAUCCUGAGAACUGAUGUCAAAACCUGUGUUUUCACUCUUGUUAGUAAAUUCAGACCUGUGGCCUUUAA